GAUAGUAUCGUCAUCAUUCGAUGGUGAGCUCUCGAAGGUUCACAUCCCGCAUUCAUUUGUUUCAAUCAGUUAGAAGUUAUACAAAAGUUUAUAGCAAAGUGUAAGGUUAUACGUGUGUGCGUUGUGCGUGCCUUCAAGCACCAGGAACAUAUCAAAAGUGUAGAUGUAAUUUAUUGUCAUUAUGGAAAACUACACGAAUAUUGUUCCAGCCACGCUGGAAUAUACGGAUUUGAGCAUGAGUUACCCAAGCAAAUAUCCGACGCCGUCGCCAAGCUCCGACGCUUCGCGGUCACCAAUUUACAUGAUGUUGGGCAAUGGUAAUACACCCGUAUCACCAAGAAUGCUUGAAGAUUUUGAAAGCAUGACUUGUAGUAUUGCUACUGGACAGUUUGAAGAUUGUCACCUGGAGAUACUUGAGCAACCUGUGGAGAAGUUCAGAUUCAGGUAUAAAUCUGAAAUGUCUGGAACACAUGGCAGCCUGCAAGGAAAUUCUACUGAGAAGAACAGAAAGGCUACCUAUCCUACAGUACAGUUGAAAAAUUACAUGGGGCCUGCAAUUAUAAGAUGUUCCCUGUUUACCUACUCGAAAGAGGCUCCAGAACAUUUUAGAUCACCACAUCCUCAUCGACUAGUCAUGAAAAACGAUUCUGAGGAACGCGUCGAUCCGCAUGAUAAGCGUGUUGACCCGCACACGAAUCCGAAUAUGAAAGUCGUAUUCAAGAGUAUGGGUAUCAUACAUACAGCAAAGAAGCAUAUUCAAGACGAAUUAAUCAAGAAAACCAAUUUGAAACUUGAAGAGAUUCGGCGUUCGGAGGCACCGCGGGCCCUAACAACGCGCGAGGAAUCUGAGAUCAAACAACAAAUUCUUGAUGAAGAGAAGUCGAUCAACUUAAACGUGGUGACUUUGCGUUUUGACGCAUUCAGGGAAGAUUCCACUGGUGUCCUACAUAGACUUUGUGAGCCAUUAUACAGCAACCCUAUUUUUAACCUGAAAUCCGCAAUGACUGGCGAUUUGAAAAUUGUUCGCAUGGAUCACGCCACGAGUCCUGCAUCAGGAGGUAAGGAAAUCUUCCUUCUGGUGGAAAAAGUGGCCAAAAAAAACAUCAAAGUUCAAAUUUUUGAAGUUGAUGAAAACGAUGAAAAGAUUUGGUCUGCGGACGCAAAGUUUCACGAAUCUGAUGUGCAUCAUCAGUAUGCGAUCGUGGUGAAAACACCGCCCUACCGUAAUCCGCACAUUGACGAACCAACGAAAGGCGUUUUUGUUGCGCUGUUUCGCCCGUCCGACGGGGAGUGCAGCGAACCGCGGGGGUUUACUUAUACUCCUGACCGCACCAGCAAACGAAAGCGCCCGAGGUAUGACGCAGAUCUUUCCAGCUCGAGCAUGAGUCUCAGCAUGGAAAUUCCACCUGUGAUUCUGAACAUGGAUCAUCCGACGCUGGCCAGCGAAGAAUUGCUCAAGCAUGCGCCCCAAGUCAAUUCCGACGAUUUUAAUCGUUUACUGCCAGAUAUGUUUGGCGACAUUAUGGAGAAUUUUCAGGGCGAACAAGUUCCGAAUUACUAUUCAUUACAGACCGAUGCGGUCGGAAAUGCCGAGUUUCAGUCGACCGAGAAGGACUUGAGUAAACUCAAAAAGCAAUUCUACCAGAUCGGUGCCUUUAUUAAAACCGCACAGCCUGAUGUGGAGAAGAUGAUCCGCAGGAAGUUUGAGGAUAAGAGCGAGGAUGGCAAUAACCUCCUGCAUCUGUGUCACAUACACUUCACGGACGACUACGCCAAACAACUGAAGAAGAGUCUUCUGGGUAUAAUUGAUCGCUUCAAGCUCUACGACCUCCUGAACGUGCCGAACAACUACAAUGAGACCAUCCUUCAUCUUGCACUCAGGAAUGGAGCCAAACACAACCAACUAAAAGAUCUACCUUUGCAUCACAUGAAACUCGAUGCAAGAUACGCUUCUCCUUUGCAUCUAGCAAUCAAGUAUGACUACGGUAUCGAAGAGGUGUGCACCCAUUUCAAAUCGCAAAACGUCGUGGAAGGCUUGGGACAGAUGAACGGUACCUGGUUGACACCGUUGCAAUAUGCAGUGGAACAAAAUAAACUCUCUGCGGUGAAGCUGUUAAUCUUCCAUGGGGCGCAGGUAAACGCGCAGGAUAACCGCACGGGUAACAACAUCCUGCAGACGGCCAUCUUGGGCCAACAAGAGGAGUUGAUUGAAUACGUGUUAAAAAACACUGCGGUUAAUAAGAAACAUACGAAUUACGAUGAAAAAACUGCGAAAGAUUUGGCGAUGGAGUGCCUUGAAGAAAUAAAACUAUUUAAUGUCUUGAAACUGCUGGAUCCAGCAGCCGUGCCGAAUGAUUUUGAGUUGUUUGAGUCUGCGCUGAUUAAAGAUGAGGAGACUUCGUCCGAAUCGGAAUCAGAGGUGGAAGUGUCGGAUAUGGUUAUGGAUAUUAAAACUGAAGAGCUCGUUUUUGAUGACCACAUCGACGAAAACCUAGAGAUCCCGCUCGAGCUUGCUAAGGAUCUGUCACAUAUUAAACUGGGCAAGGACAUAAUUCGUAAGUUGUAUGAGGAUUUAAACUUUGGUUACAUGCUGAAUACGGACGCAUUCGAAGAUCGAAAUCCUAUUCAAUUCUUGGCGCAUUUGGCAAUGACUAAUAACGUUCAUCUACACGAAUUUCGUGCGACGAUGAAAAAAUACAACAUUUCCGAGGCCGUGCACUGUAUAGACCAGCUGAUAAGUCGACUUUAAGGGAAUCAUGAGUGGGUGUUGUAAAUAUGAAUUUAAUUCAGUUGAUCUAAAUUGAUGUUCGAAACAUUCUGCGAUCAAAGCUCGAGUUAACACGAAUGUAAGGUGUUGCCAAUGUCAUCAUUUAUUGAUAAUGUUAAUAAUGUACAUACUUUUGAAUUCUUGUUUACUUUGCAAUGUAAACACUACAUAGAUAUCGUCUAAAAAGUAAGUGAGCUUGUUAAAAAUUUCAAGCGAUUGGUAAAUAUGCCGGGCGUAAUUACUGUGAUUAUUGUUAUCUAUUGUUGAAAGUUCUGCUAAUUAACGUCAACAAGUUAAUUCGAUGGAUACUGAACAUUCCUAGCACACACAAACAUGCGUGUAACCACAAUACCAAUUUGAUAUAUCUGUCAGGAGCUGUUUGUAUUGCGCCGUUACUAUCUGUGAAACGGUGCAAUCUUCAGAACUCUCGUAUAAUUUAUUAUAACGCAAAAUUAAUUUGCUGAUUUGAACUGUAUACACUCGAACAUAUGGAUGUGGGAAGAGUGGGAGACGAUAGGGAGCUAGUUAUACCGCAACAAACACACCGCACGCAUCAAUCCUGUUGUUGCCUUCCUGCUGGUCAGUGUGGCUCAGUGAAACAUAAUUGUAAGAACGCGUUAAUAAAAUGGCUCAGAGAAAUCCAGAAAUUAAGUACACUAAGGUAAAAUUCUACUGCAUUAUUUAAUUUAAGAGUUAUUUUUAAUAAUUGUAAAUUAAGAAUUAUCAAUUUGCGCUAUACUUAUUAUUGAUUAACUUAUCUUAAAUUUAGUUAGUCUAUAGGUUACAAUAACUUUUUAACGAUGCUUAAGUCAACUUGAGGCAACGAUAAAAAUACUAUAAAAAUUUGUCAUCAAAUGUUAUGUUUGGUUCAGUAAAAUUGACAUAUGA